ACAAAAGACAUCAUAAUGAUAUAUGAAGAAGACGCUGAGGAAUGGGCUCAGUACCUGAGGGAAAUUUUAUUAUGUGUAGUGAAAAGGGAAGCAAUCCUAUUGUAUCGCUUGGAGAAUUUCUCUCUUCGGCAUUUGGAAUUGCUGAGAUUAAACUCUUACAAAUGUAAACUUUUGAUAUUAUCAAACAGCCUGCUUAAAGACCUAACUCCAAAGAAAUGUCAGUUUCUGGGAAAGACACUUCAUUCGCCAGAAAGUGUAGUUACUCUGCUUUGUGGGGUGAAGAGUUCAGAUCAGUUCUAUAAAUUACUAAAUAUCUCUGGAAGCAGAUGGGAGAUCUCAACUGAGCAGGAGCCUGAAGACUACAUCUCUGUAAUCAAGAGGAUUAUAUUCAGAGGUUCUGAAGACUACUUUGAGGUCAACAUUUCAAAAGACCUAAGAGUGAAACAUUCUGCAGAAAUAAGUGAGAGAAAGGAAACUGAAGAUUUAUCAGAAGCGUCAAGAAGCACCAUCCCACUGGCAAUGGUACUUCCUGCUGAAAUUCCAUGUGAGAAUCCUGGUGAAAUAUUCAUUAUUUUGAGAGACGAAGUAAUUGGUGAUAUUGUGGAGGUUGAAUUUACAUCAAAUAAUAAGCACAUUAGAACACGACCAACCCUUUGGAGUAAGAAAGUCUGGUGUAUGAAAGCUUUAGAUUUUCCUGCUGGCUCAGUCAAAGUCGAUAUCUACUGUGAUGGAGUCAUUAAGGCCACAACAGAGAUUAAAUACCAUGCAACAGCGAAGGCAAUGGAAUGCCUAUUCAGAAUGGCAGAUCCAGGAGAGGGUUUGUGCCAGAAUGACAUGGAAGAACUUGACGACAUUUUUACAUCCGUAUUCAAAUAUGAGAUACCAUAUUAUGAGUUUCAAUCUCUUCAAACUAAAAUCUACCCUCAAAAAGAAUAUGCUCAUUUCAAAGAACUUCCGACUCUUCUCCACUGUACAGCAAAAUUUGGCUUAAAGAAACUGGCUAUUCAUUUGCUUCAAUGUUCAGGAGCAACUUGGGCAUCUCAGAUGAAAAAUAUGGAGGGUUCAGACCCAGCACAUAUUGCUGAAAGGCAUGGUCAUAAAGAACUCAAAAAAAUCUUUGAAGACUUUUCAAUCCAAGAAAUUAGCAGAAAUAAUGAGCAAGAAAAUGACUAUGAAGAGCAUAUUAUCUCAUUUUCUACAAGUCCUCCCUCCGCACAGAACCCAGCAUUUCAUCAAGAAAGCGGAAAGUCGUUCAGGCAGAGUGCGGCUGGGGCUGAGGUGAACGCAGCCCCCGGGGAAGCGGAGGAGCGUGAGUCAGACGCGGAGGCCGAGCAUGACCCUCCCGAGGCCAGCAGUGGGAGCUCCGAGGACCCAUACGAUGACUUGUACGUGUUCAUUCCCGAAGCCCAUCCAGAAAAUGAUUCACCAGAGCCGCUCAUGAGCAGCAGACCCCCCCUCCUCCCACCGCGACCUAUAGCUGCCGCCUGCCAACUGGAAAAAUCUCACUUCACCUUACACGGCAAAAGGGCGGAAGGCUACAUGGAAAGAAGUAAAAACUGGUGUGAUCCUGGAGUGAGACAAGAACCAGGAGAUGAACUCAAAGGAGAAGAGAAGAAAGAAGAAGAAAAGGAGCAGGAGAAAGAGGAAGAUCCAUACACUUUUGCUGAGAUUGAUGACAGCGAUUAUGACAUGAUACUGGCCAACAUGAGUAUGAAGAAAAAAACUGGAAGUCGGUCUUUCAUUAUAAACAGACCUCCUGCCCCGACACCCCGACCCACAAGUAUCCCUCCCAAAGAGGAAACCACACCUUACAUAGCUCAAGUGUUCCAACAAAAGACAGCCAGAAGGCAAUCUGACAUUGACAAGUUCCAUGGUCCUCCUAAGAAACAAGACAGAGCUCGGCUGGAGAGUCCAGCCCUUUCUACUCCAAGAGGCUGUCUGGCCACUGGGCAGGAAGAACUCAUCCUCCUGCAGGAAAGAGUCAAGAAUGGGAAAAUGACUGUGGAUGAAGCCCUGGAGAAAUUUAAACACUGGCAGAUGGGAAAGAGUGGCCUAGAAAUGAUUCAGCAGGAAAAACUACGCCAACUACGAGACUGCAUUAUUGGAAAAAGGCCAGAAGAAGAAAAUGUCUGUGAUAAGCUCACCAUCGUGCACCAUCCAAGUGGUAAUGAAACUGCCCACAAUGAAAAUAUGUUUUAUAACAUACCCUUCAACAAUAAGUUUCCUGCUCGACUCCAAGUUGAAAAGGAAUUUGGUUUCUGCUUGAGGAAAGAUCAUUAA